CCCGUAACAGCUCCGCGCCAUGUCCGCCGACCCAUCCGCCGACACCCGUUUGUCGAAAGCGAUGACCUGGGUGCUUCGCCACGGCGCUGUCGAGCUCAACCUUCCCAUUUCAAGCGACGGGUACAUCCCACUGACGUCCAUGCUGGGUCUGCGUCAACUCCACGGCGCGACCCUCCUCGACAUUCAACGCGUCGUCCGGAACUGCAAGAAACAGCGCUUUGCGUUGGACACGAGCGACCCCGAUUCAUCUAAGUGGCGCAUCCGAGCGAAUCAAGGGCACACGAUCAAGGCGGUGCAGGAUACUGACCUCCUCGUGCCAGUAACACUCGAGGAAGCCCUUGACGGGUUGAUCUGCAUCCAUGGAACGUACCUUCGCCAUUGGGAGUCCAUUGCACUCAACGGCCUUUGUCGUAUGGCGCGAAAUCAUAUCCACUUUGCUGCAGGCGAGUAUUCCACUGACGUCAUCAGUGGCAUGCGAACGUCGGCACAACUCAAGAUAUACGUGAAUGUGGCCGCCGCCAUUGCCGACGGCAUUCCAUUCUAUCGAUCCGACAACAACGUCCUUCUAUGUGCAGGCAUCGGUGACAAGGGCAUCCUUCCGCCGUCGUACUUUAUCAAAGUCGUGCGGACCCAAGACAGCGCUCAGAUCUAUCCGAAUUGAUGCCGUUCGAGUGCUGUUGAGGUCCAAUGACACAUGUGCACGACCAUGUCUUCCUUCCACAGGCCAGGGGGGUUGCAUGGCGUGAAUGGUGUCGCCUCUGCAGCAACGUGUUUGAAGUUGGUCGGCACCAUCACCGGGGUGGCUCCAGGAUUGCUUGUUCCUGUAUGCAACAUGCACGAACGCCAUGGACAGGGGCUGGAUUUAAUGGUAAAAUUCGAAUGUGGUGUCGGCGCGCUUGAUCGCA